CGUUUUGGAGCCCAUAAAGCCAUGGCCCGCAGCAGUAGCCCGUUGGCCUCGCGCUCCCGUUCGCGCUCCCGUUCGCGCUCCCGUUCGCGUUCCAGACGUCACCGCCGCCGACGAACGCGCAGUCCGUCUACUUCAUCAUCUGCCUCCUCUUCCUCACGUUCUCGCUCCCGUUCCAGCUCCCGCAGUGCGUCUCCGCCGCCACGCAAGAAAUCUCGGCGUAAAUCUCACGACGAUGACGCAAAGACGCCACCCAGAGCGCGAGGUGACUUACCGGGCGACACCACGCCCCCGCGCCGCACAAAAGAUGACACAGCUGACGUCACACCCCCGCGGCUUCCAUUGAAGAAGGACGACAAGAAGGAGGACACUUCGGAUACCAAGCCAGCUCGCAAGAGGACACUUCUGGUGGACGCUCGUGCCAGUGGACGCACUGGUGGCGUCUACAUUCCACCCUUCAAGCUGGCGCAGCUGCAACAACAGCAAGAGAAGGACAUCGGACCGUCCUCUGAGGAGAUGCAGCGCCGCACAUGGGACGCACUGCGUAAAAGUCUCAACGGACUCAUCAACAAGGUCAAUGUGGCCAAUCUGAGCAACAUUCUGCCCGAACUCUUCCAGGAAAACCUGGUACGAGCCCGUGGGUUGCUGGCCAGAGCCAUAAUGAAGGCGCAGUUAGCGUCUCCGGGCUUUACGCACAUCUACGCGGCUCUGGUGGCCGUGAUCAACACUAAAAUGCCUGAGAACGGCGAGCUACUUGUUAAGAGAGUGGUUUUCCGCUUUCGCCGAGCCUUCAAGAGAGGAGACAAAGUGGUAGCCAUCGCUCUCGUGAGGUUUAUCGCCCAUCUGGUGAACCAACAGGUCGUACACGAGCUACUGGCACUCGAGGUGUUGACGCUGCUACUGGCUAACCCCACUGACGACUCUGUGGAAGUUGCAGUGAAUUUCACGAAGGAAUGUGGACAGAUCUUGGCCGAGUUGUGUCCCGAAGGACUACGCGCCAUCUUUGAACGAUUCCGAGGCAUUCUGCACGAAGGAGAGAUCGAUAAGCGCGUGCAGUACACGAUCGAAGGAUUGUUCGCCAUCCGCAAAGGUGGAUUCGCAGACUACCCAGCUGUGCAUGAGCAAUUGGAUCUGGUCGAGUCUGGAGACCAGAUUACACACGAGUUAACGCUGGAGGACCCAAUCGACUGCGAGGACAAGUUGGAUGUGUUCCGCUUCGAUCCGGACUAUGAGAAGAACGAGAAGAUGUGGGCGGAGAUUAAGAAGGAGAUUCUGGGCGAAUCCGACUCGGACUCGGACUCUUCCAGUGGCAGCGACAACGACGACGGGGAUGACGAGGAUGAGGAUGAACAACCAGUGCCUGCUGACAAUAACAUGGCUAUUCAGGACUUUACAGAGCAGGAUCUCGUGAAUCUACGUCGCACAAUCUACCUGACGAUCAUGUCCAGCAUCACACACGAGGAGUGUGCACACAAGUUGAUGAAGCUCAACAUUCGCCCUGGUCAGGAGAAGGAGAUCUGCUCGAUGCUUAUUGAAUGUUGCAGUCAGGAACGGACCUAUCUGCGCUACUAUGGACUACUAAGCGAGCGGUUCUGUCUGAUCAAGCGCGAGUAUCAGGAUGCGUUCGACGAGUGCUUUGCCGAGCAGUACUCGCUGAUUCACCGUCUUGAGACCAACAAAUUGCGUAACGUGGCGAAGCUAUUUGCUCAUCUGCUGUUCACAGACGCGCUGCCGUGGACAGUGUUCGAGUAUAUUCACUUGAACGAGGAGGAGACGACGUCAUCCAGUCGUAUUUUCAUUAAGAUUUUGUGUCAGGAGCUCUCGGAGCAUCUCGGUAUGAAGACACUGAAGGAGAGAUUCCUGGAUGAGAUCAUGCAGCCGACGUUUGCUGGUCUGUUUCCCAAGGACAACCCGCGCAACACUCGCUUUGCCAUCAACUUCUUCACUUCGAUCGGUCUUGGUGGACUCACGACAGACUUGCGCGAAUAUCUGAAGAACGCCCCGAAGAUGAUCAUGGAACAGGCAAAGGCUGCGGCUGAUAGUAGCGACAGCAGCGACUCGGAUUCAGACUCGGACUCGAGUGAUAGCAGCAGUAGCAGCGGCAGUUCUUCAGAUUCGGACUCCGACUCGGAUUCCGACUCGAGUGACAGCAGCAGCGACUCGUCCGAUUCCGACUAAGCCGAAGAAAAAGUUGCAGUGCCAAGGAGGUGAGCUGUGCAUAGAACGCCAAAAUCUAAUGAGAAUGCACAUCUAACACGCCUGAAAGUGAGUUGUCUUGCAGUUUUAUAUGUGCAGACUCCUAAAAAUACUGCGUCGAUUUCUCUGUGCCGGUGUUAAUCACUCAUCACCUUUUUUUUCCUGUAGUCUGUGUUUGCUACAAUGAAGUUGCUGGCGUCUGGUGACACCACGAGGAGGCUGGCAGCUCCUCCCGAGUCAAUUGGAUGCCUCGCUUGUCAUGGUCGUUUCUUUACGGCAUCAUUGCCCAUUCACCAGAAGACUUGUUUCCAACGCAACGCUUUUGUGCUGGUUCCUUGUGAAAGAUGCAAGUCAUGUGUCCGCGCUGGCGACUUUCAUGCUCAUGUUGCCUCAUGCACGGGGAAGCCUUUGGCUGUCGACAAAAGCACAAUUGGCUUUGGUGUCAAGCAGCGUUCUAAUCGGACUCAAGUAGUCCCAAUGGAUUUGAAUACUCCUGACCCGGACGGACGUGUACGAUGCAAAGUCUGCGAGCGAACUUUCGCACAAGAUCGGAUCUCGAAGCACCAAUCCGUUUGUCACGGCAAGCCUCGCUCGAAAGAAAAUCACAAACCCAAGCAAAGAUCUGUACUACCAGUCCGACAAGAACAAACCUCGACAAUGGAUUCAGUAAAACGAAAUGUCGAGCGUCCUCUUCGCAUUCAACGUGCUCCAGCACAACCUCGUGGAGUAUCGUUUGGCUGUGUUCCUAACAGAAACAAUAGAGUGGAGCUCAGAGACAUCACACCCUGUCAAUAUCGCAGGUAUCCGGGGGCACAGGCCAUGCAUGGUGGAGGCUGUGAUACCUCGAACGCGAGCUCGGCCAGCAAUCCGUUAGCUACAAAUCCACUGAUGACUAUGAGGAGAUAAGGGAGAUGAAUAUGUUACGAAAUGCACAC